UACUAUGAACAGCUGAUGGGGCAGCUCCCAUACUUGAUAUAUAAAGAGGGCCUAAUGUUAAGAGUGAGAACUCCUGUGUGUCUGGCCUUCUGACUUACAGGAUGAAUACCUUCCAGACUCUGUUUGUUUUGGCUGCAUGCCUCUCUUUUGCCCAGUCCAUGGACCACAAGUCAGUCUUACAGUUCGGAUAUAUGAUCCGCUGUGUGCUGCCUCAUAGCAACCUUCUUCAGUUUACCAACUAUGGCUGCUACUGCGGAUUUGGAGGCUCCGGCAAACCUGUGGAUGCUCUGGACAGGUGCUGUCAGAUUCAUGACCAUUGUUACGGUGUUGCUCAGGAUCAUGGUUGCGAGCCGUACCUCACAGGCUAUAACUUCAGGUGUUACAAACCAUGGAGGCAGCUCACCUGUCUGGAUACAUGCAACAGCUGUGAGAGGUUCCUCUGUGAGUGUGACAGGGCGGCCGCCUGUUGUUUUGGCAGAUCACAUUGGUACCCCCAGCACUAUCACCUGCCCCAAAAUCUAUGCCAUUAAAGACCAAACAAGUGCAACAUGA